AUGGGAAAUGGUUCAGUGAAACCCAAACAUUCUAAGCAUCCAGAUGGCCACUCUGGGAACCUCACCACUGAUGCCCUGAGGAGCAAGGUGACAGAGCUGGAGAGAGAGCUGAGGAGGAAGGAUGCUGAGAUCCAGGAGCGGGAGUACCUUUUGAAGGAGCUGCGGGAGCAGCUGUCGAAGCAGACUGUGGCCAUCUCUGAGCUCACGGAGGAGCUCCAGAACAAGUGCAUCCAGCUGAACAAGCUUCAGGAUGUGGUGCACAUGCAAGGAGGAAGCCUGCUCCAGGCCUCUCCAGACAAAGUGCCUCUCGAAGUCCACCGGAAGACCUCGGGGUUGGUCUCUCUCCAUAGCAGGAGAGGAGCAAAGGCUGGGGUGUCUGCUGAGCCGACCACCCGGACCUAUGAUCUCAACAAACCACCUGAAUUUUCCUUUGAGAAAGCAAGAAUCAGAAAGGACUCCAGUGAGAAGAAGCUCAUUACAGAUGCUCUUAAUAAAAAUCAGUUUUUGAAGAGACUGGAUCCUCAGCAGAUUAAAGACAUGGUGGAAUGCAUGUAUGGAAGAAACUACCAGCAAGGGAGUUACAUUAUUAAACAAGGAGAACCAGGAAACCACAUCUUCGUGCUGGCAGAGGGCCGAUUAGAGGUAUUCCAAGGGGAGAAAUUGCUAUCAUCCAUCCCUAUGUGGACCACGUUUGGGGAACUAGCCAUUUUAUACAACUGUACAAGGACCGCCUCUGUGAAAGCUAUUACCAGUGCUAAAACUUGGGCACUAGAUCGAGAGGUAUUCCAGAAUAUAAUGAGAAGGACAGCUCAAGCUAGAGAUGAACAGUACAGAAACUUUCUCAGAAGUGUAUCCUUGCUGAAGAAUUUACCUGAAGACAAAUUAACCAAGAUCAUUGACUGCUUGGAAGUGGAAUACUAUGAUAAAGGAGAUUAUAUUAUACGAGAGGGCGAGGAAGGAAGUACCUUUUUCAUUUUAGCCAAAGGAAAGGUAAAAGUCACCCAGAGUACAGAGGGCCACGAUCAACCACAGCUGAUAAAAACACUGCAGAAAGGAGAAUACUUUGGAGAAAAAGCUCUUAUCAGCGAAGAUGUCAGAUCGGCUAACAUCAUUGCUGAAGAAAAUGAUGUCGCCUGCCUGGUUAUAGAUCGAGAUGGCUACCCAUUCAACCAAACAGUCGGGACUUUUGAAGAACUCCAAAAAUACCUUGAAGGGUAUGUGGCAACCCUGAACCGUGAUGAUGAAAAAAGACAUGCAAAGAGAUCCAUGUCUAACUUGAAGCUGUCCAAAGCACUAUCUCUGGAGAUGAUUCAGCUGAAGGAGAAGGUGGCCAGAUUUUCCUCAUCAUCCCCAUUCCAGAACCUUGAGAUUAUCGCAACACUGGGCGUUGGUGGGUUCGGAAGAGUUGAGCUUGUUAAAGUGAAAAAUGAGAAUGUUGCUUUCGCUAUGAAGUGUAUAAGGAAGAAGCACAUAGUGGACACUAAGCAACAGGAGCACGUCUACUCAGAAAAGAGGAUCCUGGAAGAGUUGUGUUCUCCUUUCAUUGUGAAAUUAUAUCGUACUUUCAAGGACAAAAAGUAUGUAUACAUGCUUCUGGAAGCCUGCUUAGGUGGGGAGCUAUGGAGUAUAUUAAGGGACAGAGGCAGCUUUGAUGAACCCACCUCCAAGUUCUGUGUUGCUUGUGUGACAGAAGCAUUUGAUUACCUGCAUCGACUAGGUAUUAUCUACAGGGACCUGAAGCCAGAAAACUUAAUUCUAGAUGCUGAGGGUUAUCUGAAAUUGGUCGACUUUGGCUUUGCUAAGAAAAUAGGAUCUGGACAGAAAACAUGGACAUUCUGUGGAACUCCAGAGUAUGUAGCUCCUGAAGUCAUUCUCAACAAAGGACAUGACUUCAGUGUGGAUUUUUGGUCCCUGGGAAUUCUAGUGUAUGAGCUCCUAACGGGCAACCCACCUUUUUCUGGGGCUGACCAAAUGAUGACCUACAAUUUGAUUCUCAAAGGAAUUGAAAAAAUGGAUUUUCCCAGGAAGAUAACAAGACGACCUGAAGAUUUGAUUCGGAGGCUUUGUAGGCAAAAUCCAACAGAAAGGCUGGGAAAUCUGAAGAAUGGAAUCAAUGACAUUAAGAAACACAGGUGGCUAAAUGGUUUUAAUUGGGAGGGACUGAAAGCACGGAACCUUCCAUCACCUUUACGAAGAGAGCUCAAGGGACCCACAGAUCACAGCUACUUUGACAAAUAUCCUCCUGAAAAGGGAGUGCCUCCAGAUGAGCUGUCAGGCUGGGAUAAAGACUUCUGA